CACAGUCACACACAUACCGCAUGCACACACCACCACCCCUGCCGCCACUGCCUCCACUCACACACACACACGUACACACACACUCAGACACAGUGACGGCUGCCAGGCUCAGUGGGAAGCAAGCCGUCAGGGAGAGAGCUUGAGAAGAAAGAGAGGGAUCGCCGAGGGGAAGAGAAGAAAAGAGAAGAGAGUUGGAGGGGCACCUUGUGGAUCUGAAGGGAUUUUCCUCUGUGUGAGUGCACGUUUGGAUAAGGCUGUCUGCUUCUUCUUCAGCAAGAAGAGUUUACCAAGGCUUUUUCUUUUUGCUCAUCUUCCACGCCAGGCUCCAGCGAUAUCUACCUAUCUAUCCCCGGAGCUUAACAAAAGAGGGAGGGAGUGAGAAAAAAAAAAAAGCAGUCACAGCUUCAGCUCCAGACCACCCUUUCUCCUCCUCCUCCUCCUCUUCCUCCUCCUCCUGUUCUCUCCCCAGCUCCACAUCCAUGUGUGAGUUCAUCGCUGAUUUCACUGUCUUUUGAGGAUAGAGCAGAGGACAGCGUGUGUUCUCCAGGAUACAGCUGGGCUCUCAUUGGGAUCAGAGUCUCGUCUGGUGUGGGAGAGAGUGGAAAAGGGGAGACGGGGAAACGGAUACACAGGAAGAGAGAAAGGGCUAUAGAGAGACUCUGGAAAGCAAAUUUAGGGGCAUGUUCAGGGCAGCAGAAAAGAAGAGUGAGUCUAAUUUCUAGAGCGGAGAGCGCAAACAACCGGCAAGCGAAACCCAACCAUUUAUCCCCUCUCCUCCUCCUCCUCCCUCUUCUUUUACCCACUCAGCGUCCUCCUCUUCAGUUCCAUCUAUUGUUUCCUGUAUUGCUACUAUCCUUCCACAUCUUCCUCUCCUCACCCCACACCUCUGUCUUCCCCAACCUCUCUCUGCUGCUACUUCGGCAUCUCUCUUUCUAGACCCAGGAGAAGGCAGGCUUUGUGAGGACAAGUAGACAGACUGAAAUCCCACGUAGUAUCUGUCCUACUGUCCGUCCCUUCUGUGCAUUUAACACCUUCACCUGCGAGAGGAGAGCUUUCUCUCUGCAUCUUCUACUUUUGGAAAAAGCCCUCUGAAGGAUCCAAGCCAGCAGCUGGAAGUGAUUGCGCCCCACCUGUGAGCUUCUACCUCCAGCUUUCAGGACUCUUCAGUUGGAUUCCAGCUACAUGGGAAAACGUUUGGAGCAGCAGCCAAUGUACCCCCACUACACCUACUACUACCCCCACUAUUUCCAGACGAAGCAGUCAUAUGCUCCUCCCCCUCCACCCAUGGCUCCACCCAGCCCCAGCACUACAGGAGGAGGAGGUGGAGGUGGAGGUCAAGGAGGAGGGUUAGUGGAGCAACUCAGUAAGACCAACCUGUAUAUAAGAGGCCUGCCACCUGCUACCACUGACCAGGACCUCAUCAAACUCUGCCAGCCAUAUGGGAAGAUUGUGUCAACAAAGGCCAUCUUGGACAAAAACACCAAUCAGUGCAAAGGCUACGGCUUUGUAGACUUUGACAGCCCUGCAGCAGCCCAGAAGGCCGUGGCCUCGCUCAAAGCCAGUGGAGUCCAGGCACAGAUGGCGAAGCAACAGGAACAGGACCCCACAAACCUUUACAUAUCCAACCUGCCAGUGUCAAUGGAUGAGCAGGAGCUGGAGAACAUGCUAAAGCCCUUUGGUCAUGUCAUUUCCACACGGAUACUGAGGGACGCCAAUGGCCUGAGUAGAGGAGUCGGCUUUGCCAGGAUGGAGUCAACAGAGAAGUGCGAUGUAGUGAUUCAAAAUUUCAAUGGGAAAUUUUUGAAAACCCCUCCAGGCAUGACGGCUCCUGCAGAGCCUUUACUGUGCAAGUUUGCUGAUGGAGGCCAGAAGAAAAGGCAGACCCAGGUCAAAUAUCCUCAGAAUGGUCGACCAUGGACACGAGAAGGAGAGAGUGGUAUGGCACUAACGUAUGAUCCCACAGCGAUGCAGAAUGGGUUCUACUCUUCGCCGUACAGCAUCUCCACCAAUCGGAUGAUUGCUCAGACAUCAAUCACACCCUUCAUCGCUGCCUCUCCUGUCUCCACAUAUCAGGUCCAGAGUACCUCUUGGAUGCCUCAUCAACAGUAUGUUAUGCAACCUACAGGUGCUGUGAUCACCCCAGCCGCAUCCAUUGAGCCCAGUUUGUCUCUUCACCCCUCCAGUGUAAUGGCUCCUCUCACCCAGCAGAUGAACCACCUCUCUCUGGGCCCCACAGGCGCCUACAUGUCUGCUGCAGCGGCUGCUCCUAUGCAAGGAACCUACAUUCCCCAGUACACUGCAGUGCCUGCCUCUGCCAUCACAGUGGAUGGUGUGGUGACAGAUCCAUCUCCACAGACAACUGCCCCCUCCUCACAGGAUGCCAGCGGGCAGCAGCCUUUACCAGUGGAGAGUACAGGAGAUCAUGCUACAGCCUACUCCUACCAGCAGACUAAAUAACGAGAUUGGCAGGACUCAUUGCUGCAUUGCCUUUAGAAGGACUGCACGAUGAAGCGCUGGGGACACAGUGAGGAUCGAAAUUAGAGGACGACAAAAAAAAAAAAAAAAAAAAAGAAACUACAGAAGUGAAAUGGACAACACAGAGAGGAGAAUGCUUCCACUGUGCACAGGCCACAAAUAAAAGACUAAAUGAGGAAAAAAAUCAAUUAUCCUUCAUUCCUGGUUGGACCCAGAAAAAGACAAAUAAAAAAAAAUAGUUUGCUGAACUAGAGGUGGAUGAAAUCAAUUGCAGUCCUCAACCAUGAUUUGAUCAUUUUUCACCUUGAGACUGGAUUUUGCCUCCAAAGGAAACACAAAGGAUGAGACUGAAAUCAAAACUCAACCAACUGUACAGAAAAAAAAAGGACAUUUGAAUGUGCAGGUAGAUUUUCAGACUUUUUUUAUUAAAAAAGAGAAAAGAAGAAGGAAGCUAAGUCUAGGAGAUAUUGGGCUGUCUUCCUUUGAUAUCAAGCUACAUUAUUUUCAUUCUUUUUAUUUGAGUAGUUUUCUAGAAUAUCAGUGUUUUCGUAAAUCUUUAUGGCCUUAAUUUUCUCAAACUUUGGGGAAAAAAAGUUCCAAAGUGUUGGGUUCUUUAGACAAAAAAAGAAGACUAUAUGGUUGAAUGAUUUAAGAUGUUCUUGGGUUUUCUGAGGGCCUCAGAGAUGAAAUCUACAAAGCUAUCUGUACAGGAUUUCAACACAUAGUAUGUAUUUGUAAGAAGAUGAUUUUGAAUUAUGUGGUGCAGUGCAGGUGGUGUCGGUUGAUUAGAUGAAAAAAUCUUUAAUGUGACUUGUGGGGAAGGAUCAAGCCACUGCUUCCUGGAAAAUGCAGUUUGAUUUAUUUGUGGGUUAAAAGCUGUGUGUCUCCACCACAUUUUAUACAUCAUUUUUGUUUUGUUUUUGGUUUUUGAUUGCAGUUUUUCCAAAAGAUUUUUACUUUGCGUGCUUUGCUUGUUUCACUGCAUAAAUAAAGAAGAAAAGGGAGAAUUUCUGACUUUGUCAAAAAUAAAAUAAAAAAAAAAGCUAGGAUUUUUUUUUUAAAUGUGCAAAAAGCAAUAGUUUUAGUAAAACUGUUGACAGUUUCUUGAAUCUUAACUGUUGGACAAACGAAGCCUGCAGGUGGCAUAUUUUAUACCAAAGAUGAAGAAACUAUGAAGUGAAGAGCUCUUCCUUGCGUUGCAUUUUUCUUUUUUUUCACCUUUGAAACUAAAAUGUUUUCCUACUUGUCAUGCUGUUGAAAUGUUAGAUAAAUCUAUUGAUGAAUGAAAACGUGCAGUAGGUCUUUAACACAACUGUCUCACCUAGAAGAGACCAUUUGUUUUUCAUGCAAUCAAAUGUUACGAUGCUUUGAUGUGUAACAUCUAAGAAGAGAUCCACUCACGUGUGGAGUGUUGGUAAGUGCUUCUUAAACUUACUUCUAUCCAUAUUUGCCUCAGCCUGACUUUUCAGAUGUAAUGCUUCCCAAAAAUAUCUCAAAUUAGAUUACUAUAAUUUUAUGUUUAUACUCAAAAGAAAUAGUUUCAUGCCACCGACCUGCCAAAUGUCAGCCCAUGAAAAUACUGAGUGCAAAAGAUCUCUGAAGGAGUAAAGGGUGUUUUUGUUUAACGAAAUCAUUUUUGCCUAUUUAUAUUCCCAAAAAGACGAAAAAAAUUUUAUUUUAUUUUAUUUUAGAUUUAAUAAUGUUGGAGCUGCUAAAUAGUUUUCAGUAUUGGGGACUGGGGCUGUCUUGUAUUAGGUGUCUAUGAAAGAGUUGCGCCUCAAGAAUGACAGUAAUGAACCAUUUGAAGCUAGAGUGAAGACUUGGGUUGCAACUUCAGAUGGGAACAAAAGCAAAAAAAAACUAAAGAAAAAAAAAAAAGUGAGCAAUAUGUGGACUUUGGCUCACACUGGCUCUAAGGCCAC